AUGAGUCAAAAGGGGAACAAUGGAGACAAAAAGGAAGAAAUGGUUGCAGUGGCAAUUGACAAGGACAAAGGGAGCCAAGCUGCAUUGAAAUGGGCUGUUGAUCAUCUUCUCCGCAAGGGUAAACGUGUUAGCCUCAUCCAUGUUAAACAGAAGACAUCUAUUGCUGUUGCGAUGGGAAGUCAAGCUUCUUUCUGUGAAAGUGGCGAAGAUGCAAACACAUAUAAAGGUCCAACAGAUAGUAUAACCAAGGAGAUGUUCCUUCCCUAUCGUUGCUUCUGCACCCGUAAGAAUAUGCAAGUUACCGAAGUUGUUUUGGAAGAUACAGAUAUAGCAAGAGCCCUUUGUGACUAUGUUAAAAACACCUUGCUUGAGACUUUGGUGUUGGGUGCCCCUUCAAGGAGUAGCUUUGCGAGAAAUGUGAGAUCUGCCUCCAUUGCACUCCCCAACCAACCUCCUCAUCCGCUGCAAAAUCAAACUCGCCUUCCUCUCACGUCAACUGAUGCACGUUCAGUGCAAAGCAGUACGCAAGGUAAUUAUGUUGAUAAGGCACCAUUUUCACCUGUAGCUACAAUGGAUGACAAGGAUUCAAUCAAGUCACCAUUUACUAGAGGUAAAAUUUCAAACAGAUCAUACAGUGAAUUGUCAGCAGCAGUGACUGAUAUAUCAUUUGUGAGCUCUAGAAGGCUAAGCACAGAUCGUACAAUUGCCUCAUUCGACAGCCAAGAAACAAAUAUUGCCCCUCGUCUAUCCAACAGCUCUGACACAGACGGUCGAUUAAGUUUUGGAUCUCCAUUCUCUGGAUCCCUAUCAUCUGAUGCAAAUAGUAGUUUUGGAAUCUUUUCAUCCAGCUCUUUGGAAAGUGGAAAUUUUUCGUGGUCAAGUUCCCAAAACCUGGACGAGGUAGAAGCAGAGAUGAGAAGGUUGAAGCAAGAGCUUAAACAGGCAAUGGAGAUGUACAACUCAGUCUGCAAGGAAGCAUUUACUGCAAAACAGAAAGCACUGGAGCUUCGCCGCUGGAAAGUAGAAGAACAACAGAGACUAGAAAAGGCCCGACUGGCUGAGGGAGCAGCAUUAGUAAUUGCAGAGAAGGAGAAAGCAAAAUGCAAAUCAGCUCUUGAGAAGGCUGAAGCAGCGCAGAGGAUAGCUGAUCUUGAAGCACAGAAAAGAAUCGAUGCUGAAACGAAAGCGCUCAAAGAAUCAGAAGAGAGGAGGAAAGUACUAGAUAAGUCGGUCCAAAAUGAUGUAAGGUAUCACAAAUACUCAAUACAAGAGAUUGAAGCAGCAACAGACUCCUUCUCUGAAUCUCGUAAAAUUGGGGAAGGUGGUUAUGGACCAGUCUACAAGUGUUACCUAGAUCAUACACAGGUCGCUGUAAAGGUUCUUCGUCCUGAUGCUGCCCAAGGAAGAUCACAGUUUCAGCAAGAGGUUGAAGUUCUGAGUACUAUUCGACAUCCCAACAUGGUUCUCCUCCUUGGAGCAUGUCCCGAGUAUGGUUGCCUAGUCUACGAAUAUAUGGCAAAUGGGAGCUUAGAUGAUCGUCUCUUUCGGCGUGAAAACACUCCAGUACUUCCAUGGAAACUUAGAUUCCGAAUAGCUGCAGAAAUUGGCACUAGCCUGCUUUUCCUCCACCAGACCAAACCAGAACCUCUUGUACACAGAGAUCUAAAACCGGGCAACAUUUUGCUCGACCGUAAUUUUGUAAGCAAGAUCAGUGAUGUUGGCCUUGCCAGGCUUGUCCCUCCUAAUGUUGCUGACUCUGUUACACAGUGCCAUAUGACAUCUGCAGCCGGAACUUUCUGCUACAUAGACCCUGAAUAUCAGCAAACUGGAAUGCUUGGAAUAAAGUCUGAUGUUUAUUCACUUGGAGUUGUACUUCUUCAAAUAAUAACAGCUAGGCCUCCGAUGGGAUUGACACAUCAUGUUGAGACGGCUAUAGAGAAUGGGACUUUUGCUGAUAUGCUCGAUCCAUCCAUUCCUGAUUGGCCUAUAGAAGAGACCUUGAAGUUUGCCAAGCUAGCUCUUAAGUGCACAGAAAUGAGGCGCAAAGAUAGACCAGAUCUUGGCAAUGUGGUAUUGCCUGAACUUAACAUGUUGAGAGCACUCGCUGAAGAAACAAUUCCAAACAUCACAUUGAGUAAUAGUCCACAGGGCAACCGAAGUCAGAGCCAAUCUAGUUCUCAAGCGCUCAUCAAGUUAAGGGGAACGACAACCAAAGACUUCAAUCCAGCAUUGCUUCCCUUACCAGCCGGUUUGAAGGGUUUUCUUCUGCUAAAUCACUCCAAUUUAGUUCGAUCGAUCGAUCGAUCUGCACAGAACCACAUCAUGGACGUGAGCACAGGCGAUAUCGAUGCCCCACACUCGAUGGGAACCACAAUCAUUGGCGUCACCUACAACGGCGGGGUUGUUCUCGGAGCCGACUCUCGCACCAGCACCGGAAUGUAUGUGGCGAACAGGGCAUCGGAUAAAAUCACGAAGUUGACUGAUAAUGUGUACGUGUGUCGUUCAGGCUCGGCUGCAGAUUCACAGAUUGUUUCUGAUUAUGUCCGCUACUUUCUCCAUCAACACACGAUACAACUUGGGCAGCCUUCAACCGUCAAGGUCGCUGCAAACCUUGUCAGAUUGUUGUCUUACAGCAACAAGAAUAUGCUACAAACUGGUCUCAUUAUUGGUGGAUGGGACAAAUAUGAAGGUGGUAAAAUAUAUGGAAUACCUCUGGGAGGGACUAUCUUGGAGCAACCUUUUGCUAUUGGAGGAUCUGGCUCUACGUACUUGUACGGGUUCUUUGACCAGGCAUGGAAGGAAGGGAUGACCAAAGAGGAAGCUGAGCAAUUAGUGGUGAAGGCAGUCUCUCUUGCUAUUGCUCGGGAUGGUGCUAGUGGCGGUGUUGUUCGGACAGUGACUAUUAACUCAGAAGGGGUCACAAGGAAGUUUUACCCAUGCGAGAAGCUGCCUCUGUGGCAUGAAGAGCUGGAGCCUCAGAACUCACUGUUGGAUAUUUUGUCAGCAGGCAGUCCUGAACCUAUGAUCAGUUAG